AUGGCGAUAUCCGAAGUUGCGGAGCUUUGCAGAAAUUGCAUAUUCAACAGAUCUACCGCCGAGGAGUUUGCUGAUCAGAUCCGCCGCCAGACUGGCGUGAAGGGCACGACCAUCGUCAAAGCACUCCUAGAUGUCAGAACCACGCUUUGCCCAUCCAACGAUCCGCUGCCACCGCGAUACAUUGCAGCCAUACUCGGACAGGACACAGUGAAGCUUCUGGAUUUUCUUCUGGUCCUGAUCAGUCGAUAUAAUGCGUCGACUCGCAAGCAUGAGGGAACUACAACAGCUCAUCCUCAUCAAGCCGAUAUCAAAACAACGCAAGAUGUGACGAGAAUGCUCGCUUCGGCAAAUCUCGCUCUCGAUCAUGUGCAGACAAAGCACUGCCUCGGUGUCGUUGCGAAGUGGCUGGUCAGCAUCGUCAGAUUGAGCAGUCAAAGCCCUCAGAUGCCAAAUAACAUUCUUCUGGAAGCAGUCGGAACAUUACUGGCAACCCUGUGUGCUACGGGUCCGGGAACAGAGCUGCUCUCUGGAAGAAAUGAAAAGCAAGACAGCUCGAACGAUGACCAGACGCAGCUCACAAAGUUGGUCGCCAGCGCUGUCGAGGCAGCCACCGCGAACUUUUCUGCCUUGUCGCCUCAACUAUUCGGCAACCUGAGUGAGGUGCAGAAGCACAUAGCGCUUUUCAGCCAGGAUGGGACCGAUGACAUGCGUGCCAUGCAGUUUCAAGCCACAGUUGCAGACCUUCAGGUGGUAGCUUCGAGAUCUGGCACAAUGGCAAUGCUCCAAGAGAUGAUCAGCAGGGGUGACACAGUUGGCGAUAAUCCCGUCUUUGGUUUUCUGGCUGGCCGGCAUGGUAACGACUACUCGGCUAUGUUUGUCGACUUGCUCUUCGCAGCAUUCCACGUACUUGGUCAAAGUGAGGGGCUUGUCUUGCAGCAGAUUGAGCUAUACGUCCGCAACCGCUUGCCACUGACCCUGAAUCUCAUCUUGCAAUCCUCUUUCGAGAACUUCUCAUCGGAAGAGGCGCUGACUACGGCGUCAUCUCAACUGCAUUUGAGUCCAACUACUAUGCGCUGUGCCCAAGGCUUCGUGCAUGCCUGCUCGCUGCAUGGUAUGAUAUCCCCGGAGAAGGCUGUUCAAAUCAUCGACAGCAAUGAUUCAACCUUCACCAAGCAGCUCCUAACGAAGGACGAGGUCUUAGGGCAGCUGAACACUCAUUCCGCAGACAAACUAGACAAGCUAGUCGAUGAGUUGUUGACUUCGGAUGGCAACGGCGUGGCCAUUGCCGAAGCAAUGACCGAAAUCAUGGUCGCAUAUGCUAGGGGCAAAGAUCACCGCCAUCUCAAAGACCUGGCUCAAACCUUAGUGAGAAGACCAGCCACAAUCAGCGCUAUUGCACUGUUCCGUCAGCCAUCGCUCUGGAUUUCACCGCUGUGCACCCUGCUGGACGAGUGGAGCUGGGACGACAUCCAUGGCGAGUCACAGCCUUUGUACGAUGAGUUCGGUAGUAUUUUCUUACUGAUCUUAACUACUAUGCGUCGGCUCCGAUACUCGGCCUCCAAACUGGGUGUGAACGGAUUCGUCGCUCGCUAUCUCGAACGAGAAGGCAACGAUCAGGGCAUUCACAAGAUGAGUCCAGAGGUCAAGAAACAUCUUGAUGACUGGAUCGACAACUUUUACUUUGCUGAAGGACUUAGCGAUGACGUGACGACCAAAUGCAGCCCACAGGAGUUCUACCAACUGGUCCCAUUCCUUGUUCGAGAGAGCGCGUUGGCCCAUCAGAUGGGUAAGCUUACAGACGAUGAUCUCAAAGGUGGUCUGGAGUACCUCCUGGUGCCAUUCUUGCUGCCCUCUCUGGUGUCCGCUUUGCGGUGGUGCCAUGGGCAUCCGGAGAAGGCUGCACAAGUCCUACCGAUACUGACUAGGGACACCGACAAUGCGAUUCAUGGAACGAUUGUUUCAAUGAUGCAAAGUCCAGGCAAUUUUGCAAUGCCAAUAUAUCACACCAGAGACAUCAAAGCUUUACGCCAAGACAUCAUAGCUGCAGUAGCUCGUCCAGGCCCGAACCUGUCACUCAAGUACGCUGUCUCGCGAGACGGACCUGCAGCUGUUCUUCAAACAUUGAUCGACAUCCUGGUGUCGUUUUCAGGUACGAACGAAUUUGUCUGGGCACUCGACUUGGUAGCAAUACUUAUUUGCAUGCUAGAGUCUCAGGACUUGGCUCUACUGAUUUACGCAGAACAUGCUCUGCUGGGCCGAACGUUGCAGAAGCGUGGCAACGUGACUGCAGAAGUGGUAGUCCAUCUGUUCAGACGAGUAUCGUCCUAUGCAGGCUUGCUGAAAGUCAAGGAAGCCAACAUCGACAUUGGCAACCUACCAGACGUAACACCGACGCAAGAACUGGGGCAGGUCGAGAACAAUGACAAUGCACAAGGAGUCGACGACAUAGAUCAGAUGUUGAACGAGUCGGCAGCCUUGACUGCCAUAGAGUCGAAUCUGGACGCCACUGUGGAUACCGCCAUGCAAGAUAUGCAAGGCGUUGACGCGCUCGACUUUGACUUCAUGCAGGACGACAAUAUGGGACUGGGCAAUAUCGACGAUUUCGAUCUUGACGAGAUGUUCUGA